UCCCGCACGUGAUCUCCAUGGAAACGUCAUCAAGCUCUAGUCUAGAAGUCUUCCUGUUGAUAGUUGUGCGUUAGCUGGUCAUGGCAGCAAAGGUAAUGAUAAAGAGGGCUGAUCCAGCAGAGCUCAAGUCCAUUUUCUUGAAGUAUGCCAGUGUGGAGAAGAAUGGAGAGCACCACAUGUCCCCUGAGGACUUCGUGUCAAAGUUCCUCCAUGCACAGACAGACAUAAGGCUGUCCAAGGAGGCCACCGUUCUACUGGCAGGCGUUCUGGACCAGACCAAAGAUGGGUUGAUCUCCUUCCAGGAGUUUCUGGCGUUUGAGUCGGUGCUGUGUGCUCCGGAUGCUCUCUUCAUGGUCGCCUUCCAGCUCUUUGACAAAACUGGAAAUGGCGUUGCCACUUUUGAGGAUGUGAAACAAGUUUUCAGUCAGACCACUAUUCACCAGCACAUCCCCUUUAACUGGAACUCAGAAUUUGUUCAGCUUCACUUUGGCGCAGAGAGGAAGAAACACCUCAACUACGGGGAGUUCACUCAGUUUCUGCUGGAGAUGCAGCUUGAACAUGCCAGACAGGCUUUUGCACAGAGAGACAAGGUCAAGACCGGCGCCAUCACGGCUCUGGACUUCAGGGACAUCAUGGUGACCAUCAGACCCCACAUGCUCACACCAUUUGUGGAGGAAUGCUUAGUUGCAGCUGCCGGUGGCAGUACGUCACAUCAGGUCAGCUUUUCCUACUUUAAUGGCUUCAACUCUCUGCUAAACAACAUGGAGCUCAUUAGGAAGAUCUACACCACCCUGGCAGGCAACCGCAGGGAUGUGGAAGUUACUAAAGAGGAGUUCAUCAUCGCUGCCCAAAGGUUUGGCCAGGUGACCCCAAUGGAAGUGGACAUCCUGUUCCAGCUGGCCGACCUGUCGGAGCCAAGAGGGCGUGUUGGUUUAGUUGACAUUGAGAUGAUUGCACCUCUGGAGGAGGGAGCUCUUCCUUACAACCUUGCUGAGAUUCAAAGACAGGUAAGACACAGAAACGGGGACGCGUCUCGCUCGGUUCUGCUUCAGGCUUCUGAGUCGGCGUACAGGUUCACCCUGGGCUCUGUGGCUGGAGCCGUGGGUGCCACCGCCGUGUACCCCAUCGACCUGGUGAAGACCCGCAUGCAGAACCAGCGUUCUUCAGGAUCCUUCGUGGAUGAGCUGAUGUAUAAGAACAGCAUUGAUUGCUUCAAGAAGGUGGUGCGCUACGAGGGCUUCUUCGGUCUCUACAGAGGCCUCGUACCGCAGCUUCUGGGCGUGGCUCCCGAGAAAGCCAUAAAGCUUACAGUGAACGACUUUGUGAGAGGAAAGACUAUGCAAAAAGAUGGCAGCGUUCCUCUACCUUUCGAAAUCUUGGCCGGCGGAUGUGCUGGGGGAUCUCAGGUGAUCUUCACAAACCCUCUGGAGAUCGUGAAGAUCCGACUGCAGGUGGCGGGAGAAAUCACCACAGGGCCACGCGUCAGCGCUCUCUCCGUCAUCCGUGACCUGGGGUUCUUCGGCCUGUACAAGGGUGCAAAAGCCUGCUUCCUGAGAGACAUCCCCUUCUCGGCCAUCUACUUCCCCUGCUACGCGCACAUCAAGGCGGCCCUGAGCGACGGAGACGGGCGAGUGGGACCUGGCAGGCUGUUGCUGGCAGGGGCGCUGGCGGGCAUGCCUGCCGCAUCCCUGGUGACCCCUGCUGAUGUUAUCAAGACCCGGUUACAAGUGGCUGCCCGUGCAGGUCAGACUACGUACAAUGGACUCAUUGACUGUUUCUGGAAGAUUCUUCAGGAGGAGGGUCCUCGUGCCUUCUGGAAAGGAGCUGGAGCACGCGUGUUUCGCUCCUCGCCUCAGUUCGGAGUGACGCUGGUGACCUAUGAGCUGCUGCAGAGGUGGUUUUACGUAGACUUCGGUGGACAAAAACCAGCUGGCGCAGAGCCUACUCCCAAGUCUCGGAUCAGCCUCCCGGCGCCCAAUCCUGACCACAUCGGUGGCUUCAGGUUGGCCGUGGCCACGUUUGCUGGCAUCGAGAGUAAAUUUGGACUGCAUCUACCACGAUUCCAAGCGUCUGCCGCCCCCCACGCUUGAGGCAAACGCCUGCACUACAGGGUGACGCUACCCUUCACUGGAACAAACACGUGAAUCUCAUAAAACCUUCAGCAGGAAAACUGAAAAGGAUGUUUCAUGUGAAUAUUAAUGCAUAUUACAGCUUUAAAGUAGAUGGGGGCGAUCUACCAAAGUUGGGAUGGUCGUGGGACUUGGUUUUUGAAUUGUAAAUUUUUCAUUUGAUUAUUUUAUUUUGAUUUAUUUACCUGAAAAAUUACGUUUAACAAACUUCCAAAAUGAUUAAAUGGUUAUGACUUUCCCAAUCAAUUCAUUGUGUUUUACUAAAUUUGAUCCCCUUUUAUUUCAUUUAUAAAAUGAACUCAAGUCAAUUGAGUUUUGACAGUACUAGCAUAUCCCGUAGAAACUAAAAGAUUUAUUUAUUUAUUUUUUAAGUGAUAGAUGUGUAACUGUUUACAUUUUCUUUUCUCCUUUUACCAUAAAACUAUGUAAUCACAUACUACUCGCGUUCAUUUCAUUACUGAUGUGGACACUCACAUUUGAAUGUAUUAUAAUAUUCCAUAUUUAUGUUUGAAUCGUGUUUUGGGGAUAUACAAGCAGUGUUGAUUUAUAGUCCGGAGACCAAGGUUUUUACAGAUAAUGUACUGUAUGUUAGUACUGCAUUUCUUUAAUUGAAAAUUGAGGUGAGAACAUUAUAUAUAUUGAGCUGUACAGUAGAGCUGAUUGUACAAAGUGUGUAAAGAUUGUGCCUUACUAUAAGUAUGGCAGCAAUAGAUGCACUGAUUGUAAGAAAUAUUUAUUAAAAGAUCAAAGCAAAACUGGUUUAGAAUGUUUUAUUAAUCAAUACUCAUUGCAUUUAGCCACACACUUCUCACCUAUGGUUUUCAAUAACAUCAUUUCUAAAAUGUGAAUUUUUUUAGCAAGCACAUAAUACCUGUUUGCAUUGCUAUAACACUGAUGAGAAAGCCACUAUUGAUGACAGUUAAACGUACACGACUUUAUUUGUCAAUACUUCAUGCAGGGAGCUCAGUACAAAAAUAUACACACACUGUUCAAGUAUACUAGAAAUAACCACCAACCAACGUCGAUAAUGCCUUCCUAGCAGCAGGUUAUUUCAAAUUCACAUUUUCAAACAUGUUAUGGACUGAUUUAGCAGUAAAUGCUAUCAAGGUAAUGAGACGAAACACAACAAAAACUGCACACAA